AUGUCACUGAAGACGAAGAAACCGGAUUCGAUCCGGGAAGACGACGACGAGUGUUUAUUCGCCGUCGAAUACGACGGCCCGCCGUUAUCCUACGACAUCCCUCGCGCCGUUCCGAUUAACAUGGAGAGAAUCCCAGUCGCCGCCGUGGUUUCUCCGGUCUGCAUCUCCGACGACAUGUCGUUUCCCGUGAUUCAGCCGAUUCUAGCCGUGGAUCCUCUGAGCAACAAGAAGUUUCUGAGAGAAAUGGUCGUUGUUCCUUCUUCCGCGAUUAGCAAUUGCGGCGGAGGCGGAGGAGAAGAAUCCAGCGACAUUGAAUUAGUCUCCGAUUCCAUCACUGUCUCUCCUACUUCCGUCAUCGUCUUCGAGGAGCAGACGGAGGAGGAAAACGGCGCCGAUUGCGAGCUGAGCAGCUCGAACUGCGGAUUAUCCGGCGAGUUAUCCGAAUCGGUGAAUCGUCAAGAGAAAGAAGAAGAGAGCUUAGAUUUGAACGAUUCAUGUAACGAAUCGGUUCUAAGCAUCGAUUAUCCAUCUUCGAGAGUUACAGGAGAUUGCGUGAGUGAAACAAACGGAGAUAGGAAGCAGCAACCAGUUGUGACGUUCUUAGGUAUUGCUUCCGAUGAUGAGGAAGAAGAAGACUGUAGCAACCAGAAGCGGAUCCGUGUGGCUCCGGUGAAGAAACAGCCGCAAACAAAAGGGAAGAAAGGCUCUUGCUACAGAUGUUUCAAAGGGAGUAGAUUCACGGAGAAAGAAGUUUGCCUUGUGUGUGAUGCCAAGUACUGUAGUAGCUGUGUGCUUAGAGCUAUGGGGUCGAUGCCUGAAGGAAGGAAAUGCGUUUCUUGUAUCGGUUUCCCUAUAGAUGAAUCUAAGCGAGGGAAUUUGGGGAAGUGCUCGAGGAUGCUUAAGAGGCUGCUUAAUGACUUGGAAGUGAAGCAGAUUAUGAAGACUGAGAGGUUCUGUGAAGCUAAUCAGUUACCUGCAGAGUAUGUGUAUGUGAAUGGGCAGCCUCUUUACCAUGAAGAGCUUGUGACGCUGCAGACUUGCUCUAAUCCUCCGAAGAAGCUUAAACCUGGAGAUUAUUGGUAUGAUAAAGUGUCUGGACUUUGGGGAAAGGAAGGAGAGAAGCCUUAUCAGAUAAUUAGUCCUCAUUUGAAUGUUGGAGGUUCUAUUAGUGCUGAAGCUAGCAAUGGGAACACUCAGGUUUUCAUAAACGGACGUGAGAUUACGAAAGUGGAGCUAAGAAUGCUGCAGUUGGCAGGAGUGCAAUGUGCAGGGAAUCCUCAUUUUUGGGUGAACGAGGAUGGUUCGUAUCAAGAAGAAGGACAGAAGAAUACCAAAGGAUACAUAUGGGGAAAGGCUGGGACCAAGUUACUUUGUGCUGUAUUGUCACUUCCUGUUCCAUCAAAAUCUGCUGCGAAUGCUUCUGGAGACCAGCUUCACAGUGCAAACAGCAGAAGCAUUUUGGACCACCUUGAGCAUAGGACUCUGCAGAAAAUUCUCUUGGUUGGUAACAGUGGCUCUGGAACUAGCACGAUUUUCAAGCAGGCAAAGAUUCUUUACAAGGACAUACCAUUCUUGGAGGAUGAGCGUGAGAAUAUAAAGGUGAUUAUCCAGACCAAUGUGUAUGGUUAUCUCGGUAUGCUUCUCGAGGGCCGGGAACGAUUCGAAGAAGAGGCUCUUUCUCUCAUGAACACGAAGCAGUGUGUCAUCGAAAAUAGUCCUGCAGAGGAAGGAGAUGCUAAAAGCAACAUCAAAACCUUGUACUCCAUUGGCCCAAGGCUUAAGGCGUUUUCUGAUUGGCUACUAAAGACAAUGGCUGCUGGAAAUCUCGCUGUCAUUUUCCCCGCAGCUUCCCGUGAGUAUGCCCCGCUCGUUGAGGAGUUAUGGAGAGAUGCAGCGAUCCAAGCUACGUACAAGCGUAGAAGCGAGCUAGGACUCCUUCCCAGUGUCGCUAGUUACUUCUUGGAACGGGCUGUUGACGUAUUGACACCAGACUACGAGCCGUCGGAUUUGGAUAUAUUAUAUGCAGAAGGAGUCACUUCGUCCAGUGGUCUAGCUUGUCUUGACUUCUCAUUUCCGCAAACUGCUUCUGAAGAGAAUCUUGAUCCUUCUGAUCACACUGAUUCUUUCCUCAGGUACCAGUUAAUAAGAGUACCUUCAAGAGGCCUCGGUGAAAACUGCAAAUGGAUCGAUAUGUUUGAAGACGUAGGGAUGGUUGUGUUCGUCGUUUCGAUGAGCGACUACGACCAGGUCUCAGAAGACGGAACCAACAAGAUGUUACUCACCAAGAAACUCUUCGAAAGCAUCAUCACUCAUCCGAUCUUUGAGCACAUGGACUUCCUCUUGAUCCUCAACAAAUCCGAUCUCCUCGAAGAGAAAGUCGAACGCGUUCCUCUGACACGCUGCGAGUGGUUCCAAGACUUCAACCCCGUGGUCAGUCGUCACCGUUCCAACAACGGUAACCCUACUUUAGGUCAGCUCGCGUUUCAUUACAUGGCGGUGAAGUUCAAGCGGUUUUACUCUUCGCUGACCGGUAAAAAGCUGUUUGUUUCUUCGAGUAAGAGUUUGGACCCGAACAGUGUUGAUUCGUCGCUGAAGCUUGCUAUGGAGAUACUGAAAUGGAGUGAGGAGAGAACAAACAUCUGCUUGAGUGAUUACUCUAUGUACAGCACUGAGCCAAGUUCCUUCUCAAAUUGA